UGACAAGAAGCGGCGGGGACGAAACUACACACGACCGCAGAAAGCUGCUAGCGUUCCGUAACUGCACCGAGCCGCCAUCGCUGCUGCGUUUCUUCGUGAGGACUAUCGGAGAUUGUGGGGAUGAAACUUCCCUCCUGGAGCCUCCAGGGAGCUGUCCGCCGCUCCCCCAGGGGGCGCUGUCUCCCGUCCUCCAGUGCAUGCCGGGUGCAGCAGGAUCAGGAUGGCGGCUGCGGGCUGUGUGGAGGAAUGAAGCAGCUGACCGCUGACUAUUAUCCCGCUGAACCCGUUUCACAGAGCGAAGCGGCCGGUGUCACUGAGCGAUGAGGAACGCUGUGCUGUUGCCUCCCGGCGGUCUGACUGUUGGACUAUGCGGUGUUUGUCCACUGGGUGGCGCCUCCUGAGCCGAGCUCGCCGCCUCCCUCCCUGCCCCCCCGGCCCAGCUGCUCCGACCCUCGCCAUGUACGCCACCCGCCUCUACAGCACCGCGGGGGGAGGAGGGGGCGGGGGAGGUGGCGGUGGUGGAGGGGGCGGGGUGAAACAGGGUCGGAGGGCGGGGCUGGCAGUGCUGGAGGCACCCCACCCACCCCACCCUCACCUGGCACACCACCCGCACCCCGCCCCGCCUCCCCCCGCCUACCCCCUGUACCAGGGCCGUCCUGACGCCCACCGAGGAGCACACUUCCACCACCACUACCACCCGCACCCCCACCCCCACCCGCAGCCCCCCCACAUGGGCCCGCACCCGCUGCCUCCACACUACCAGCACCACGCCCCGUUCCACACGUACGGAGGGGGCGCACCGGCCGGAGGGGCCGGCGCCGCCGCCGCCGCGGCCAGCAGCAAGAAGAAGACCUGGAACUUCAUCCACGAGAAGAUGAGCUACGACACGUUCUUCACCAUGAAGCGUCUGAUCGAGCGCUCGCGGCGGCCGGACGAGGUGCUCCGCUGGGUCACCCAGAAUCCCGCCAAGAUCUCCCACAACCACUACCCCGUGGCCCUGCAGAAGAUCGGCCAGCUGCUGCAGGCCUCGCCCCCUCCCCGAACGGUCGGGGACGACGCCGAGGCCGAGGCGCCCGGGGCCGGAGGAGCGGAGGGGGACGGCCGGCAGAUCCUCGAACACCAGGACUUUCAAACCCUCUGCAGCGCCAUCGUCAGCGACUGCGCCAAGUUCGACAACUUCAGCAUCGUCAACUGUCUGUACGCCGUGGCGGCUCUCGGUCUGCCCAGUGACUCUCAGGUGGUGAAGGUCUUGGAGGCGGAGUCUCAGUCCAGAUUGAGCCAGUUCAACCAGAAGGACGUGUCCAUGGUGUUCAGCUCCAGCAUGAAGCUCCACCCGGGCAGCCAGCACCCUCUGACCGAGGCCUGCCUGGCCGGGCUGGAGAAGAACCUGGAGCGAGAGCGCCACCCGCAGACGCUCUUCCUGCUGCUCUCCUACUACAGACUCAAGUGGCGCUCGCUGCAGCCGCAGGAACCCGCCGCAGCGGCGGGAGGAACCGCCGCUGCCGCCGUGGCUAACAGCUGCACCAGCACGCAUCCAAAUCCUGAACAGCUGCUCGCCAACAGGAAGAUACUGCGUUUGGUCAAACACACUCUAGCCAACGUCAGCGGCGUCCGCGACCAGGAGAUGGCUCUGCUGGACGAGAUGCUGGCAGCGUGCGCUCGCGAGGCGAGCAACAAGAGCCUGGAGCUGAUUUUCAGUUCGCACCUUUUUUACCAAAACAGGCAGGAGAGAUUCAUCAGCAGCUUGGCAGAGGAGUUGCCGAAAAAGGUGGACAGCAUCACUCCGUACACGAUGGCUCUGAUCGCUAAGUACAUCGCCCGGCACCGGCUGAGAGAGACUCGACUGCUGGACACCAUCGCAGACUUCCUGGUGAAGAAGGCGGAGUAUCUGGACAGCAAGGUGAUCCAGAAGCUGGUGUUCCCGUUCAGCAGGAUGAGUUACCGACCAUCCAACGAGCAGCAGUUCUUCUCCCGGCUGGAGGAGGUGGUGGAGCUGAAGGCGCUCAGCUCACCGCUCGCCACCGUCAACAUCCUCAUGUCGCUGUUCCAACUCGGACAUUUCCCCGGCCUCGUGCUGCACAGAGUUUUCUCCUCCGCCUUCAUCAGCAACGUGACCAACAGUCCUUACGCUCUGAUUGUCCGGAGGUAUCUCUCCAUGCUGGACGCCGCUGUGGAGUUGGAGUACCGUGACUACACGGGCCCACGACUGCAGGAUGCCCACAAAGUGCUGAUGUUUGACCACGCCCUCACUGCCGACGAGGUCAACCGCAAGUACAGUUACAAAGGUCUGGUGGCCGAAGCUCUGCGGCAGCUUGUGGGAGAGCAGAACUACAAACAAGACGAAGUGCUAGCUCCGGGGUACUACACAGAUUUCCUGCUGUGGAUGGACAGUUCCGGCCGGGUCCUGCCCAUCAGGACCGGCACCGGCCUCGCCAUGAGCAUCGUCCCCCCGCCGUGCGGCGCCGUGGCGACCAAGCCUGCCGAGGGAGCGGUGGAAGUGGUGACCGCCGAGUUCCAGAAGUUCUCUCCGUUCGUGGUGCUUGAGGAGGGCACCGAGCAGACGUGUCCGGUGGGGGAGGGGAUGGGCGGGGCCAUCGAAGCAAGGCCCUUCCUGCCUCACCAUAUCCGCAGCACACCAGGGGCCGCAACCCCGUCGGGGCCCCCACGGCCAGGAAGUAACGGUGGGCCCCUGGACUAUGGCCCCUACUACGUCCCUGCAGCAGAGUACUACUCCAGCUUGGCCAAGGAGCACUCUCUGGAGAGCCAGGACAGCUCCACGCUCAGCAGCCCCCCCUCUGACGGCCUGGCCCCCCCGGGGCCCACGGCGUCCUCGGGCACCGCCGCCCCAGAAUCACUUUUCCAGUUUUCUAUUGGGAAGAUCCUCGAGGACGAGGGGGGGGCGGGGGCCUCGGGGGCCCAGAGUACAGACUGCAACCUGCCCGUGUUUUACGAAGGAGUAGCGUACACAGAGGGGCCCGGGCCUGACAAGCAGUCCUCCUCACCCCCCCAGCUCCACCCCCCCGAGCACCUGGAGCCCGACAGCCUGCCGGCAGAGCAGAGGCAGAUCAGACGGGUCAUCAUGUCCGUCAACGACAAGUGGCACUACUGCCACAACUCCGAGGUGCUGGUGGGCUCCCGGGCCAUGAGGGACCGGCACCUGAGGCUGCUGGGAUAUGUUAUUCUGCAGCUGCCGUACCACGAGCUGGAGAAGCUGAACGGCAUCGAGGAGGUGAAGCAGUACCUGCACAAGAAGCUGCUGGACGUCCCGCUAUGACGCUCUUUGUGCGUGCGUGUAUGUGUGCGUGUGUGCGCGUGUACGUAUGAGCGAGCGUGUGUGUGUGUUCUGGUCUGUAAUUUAACCCCUGCUUCGGUGCCCGGGGUCAGCGGCCUGUCAGCAUGGUGACAGCCUGACAGGCAGACAUCAGCAGAAACCGGACUCUGCUUCGCCUGACAGCGUUUAGGACUCGUUCUGUUCCAGGAACACACACAUUAUUUCAUUAUCAUUUUUAAAAAAAAGAUUGUUUUUUGUCAUGAUUGAUGUUUUUGGAUUAUUUCUUCCAUUCAUCAGAAUGUCCUUUAAAAAAAACUACAUCCAGUUAGACACGUCUAAUGUUUCACCACCAUGAGGACGACUGAGAUUCCUCAAACAUUCUUUACACCAAAUGGAUGAGAGUCGAACUCAUACUGACACGUCUACAUCAGGAGAAGGAUUUUUCUUCUACUUCUCGUGCACAGUGCUGGUGGGGAAGGCACCCCAUUUACUUCUGUCUGGAAAAAAAACACUGAGGUAACAGUAACCUUUUCGAAGGAGUCAUGGUUACGUAUAAACUUUUAAACCGCCCGAUUUUCAUUUGAGGGCCUGACGGGAGCAGCUGCUUCUAACAUUUUCUAAAGAGUACCUUGGUACUCCGCAACACUACUGACAACAUGUAGCAAGACUCCUCAAGCUAAGAUUGGAUUAUUUAAGUAUGGAGGAGGAAGCUUCAUGUUUAUGGGGCUGCUCGAAACACAGUACGGUAAAUUCCCAAGUGUAUUACUGUAUCAUCUACGAUAAUCUCAUGCUUUUUAUUCAUUGAAGUAUAGAAGUCAGUCUUCUAUAGAAUUACCUUAAACUAAGAAAACUCACCUUAUAAGACUCAGUCAACUCAGAAAUGACCAAACUAAAGUCAGUCAUUGGUCCAAACCGAGCUAAAACAACCUGGUUCAGGUGACUGCUGCUGAAGACGAGCUUCAACCGGCUCUGAAAUCCAGGAUUCACUUCCUUUUUUUCAAGCACAGCUGCAAAUGUUUAUUGGCUGUCUUCAGUACAGAUGUUUGUACAGACGAUAAGAGUCCAAACAAUCCUGCAGAAAACCGCCACACUUCAAAAAGUUCCAAUUUUAUGGUCCACUCUCGAGAACUCUGGGGCAAUAAAAAGCAGAUUCCCACUAGUUUGAUUAUAUAGGUGAUUAUUUAUGCUGAGAUGAAGCACAGCAGCACAACCUUCAUUUUUCUUAGUAGUUUUAUAUUUUUAAAUUGCCAUAGUUUCUGAUUCUUUCAUCUGAACAGCUGCGUCGAUGUUAUCAAACAUUAGUAUGCCUCCCAUUUUCAUGGUUAUUCCUGGACGUUAUCAGGUGGAUGAAAUCGCUGUUACAGGAGACGUGAAACUAAACUGAACAAGUUUUAUUCUUUGUUUGCCUCGUUCCUCCCUGCAGAGCCACAGUGGUGAUUUGGAAAAACAUCCACUAGAACCUUCAACUCUCGAACCAACUCAGUCUGAUAUGAGAACAUCCACAUUUUACAGGAUUACGUGUUUUCCCUCCGGGAGUCGGUCCUUGAAGGCAUCACGGGGCGUCUAACGUGUGACCAGAACAUGUGCAGCAUAAGCAGUCUUCACACUUGUCCAUAGCCGGGCUCUGAUUGGUCGCUGGGCGGAUGUUAUUAUUGGUGGGUUUUUCUCUCCUGGGGAGGGCGGGGGGGGGGUCCCUUUUUAUAAAGUAAUACUGAUGCAUGUUGGGACUGUAUCUGGGCAUCACUUUUUUUAAAAAGUCGCACGAUCGGGGGCUGAUGGGUACUGUGAAUCAGGAGCGAGACGGGGAACGUGUUGCCUGGGUGAUAAUAUAUAUAUAUAUAUGUGUGUGUGUGUGUGUAUGUGUGUGUGUGUGUGCCAAAGGCCUGAAGAAGGAGGUGGCUUCAGUGGGUGACUGGCGGGGGUCAAAGGUCAGAUUAUUUAUUUGUGUAUCAGGUGACGGAAAGUUUGUUUAUAUUCUAUAAAAUCUAUUAAUUAAAAUGUCUAUAAAACCUGAAACCAACUGAA